CAGCCUCGUCGAGGGGUAAACAAACGAAGAAGAUCAAAGUAAAGAUCAAUGAAAGGUUGAUGAAACAACAGCCACCAAAGUCGCUGUUGAAGAAAGUUAAAGGUUGAAAAAAACAAGAAGGGAGGAAAAGAGAGAAGAAGAAGGAGCAAAAGGGUAGUAAACAAAGAACACCUCUCGCCUCGCCCGCUACGCCCGCUACGCGCUCUGAACCGGCCCCGACUGUUUUAGGACGUACUCUUUCCGCCAGCUUCCGGCGUGGGUCCGCGGGAGAUCACACGCACGCCGAGAGGAAGGUAUAUCGGAGCCUCAGGCCGACGAGGCGGCCAAAGCGGCAACUAAAGCGGCAGCUGACCUAUCCACGGAACUAUUUGGAAGAAACCUCCCACGCCGGGUGCAUACACACACGCUGCUGCCAUGCCACCACCCACUGAAUCACAAAUCCUAACCUCCUUCCUCAUCCCCCCCUCCCCCCUCCCCGUCGUCCUCCCUCCCACCGCCUUCGCCGCCCUCUUCCCCCCUUCAACACCGCAAGCGUCAAUAGCGCAUCUCUACCGCCUCCUAAGCCACCACCGCGCUCUACUUACGGACGCUGUGAAAUCUGAUAUCGAGGAUGAGGCGAAGAGGGGAGUGGCGCAACGGAGAGCAGUGGUUAAGACGAGGAGAGAGCAGGAGAGGGGGGAGGAUGAUGAGGAGGUGAGGAUUGAACGUGCUCUCUCAACAACCAACCCCGCCCCCCUCGCCCACCCCCGGCACCACACUCUCCGCACCAUCCUACCCACUCUCGACACGGCAACCGAGGACAUCGAGACUGAAGUCGCGCUUCUGGAGCUAGAGGCUGAGACGCUGUUGGCGGGGAUCAGGAAUACGGUGGGGGGGUUGAGCGAUUUGAGGUAUGGGAGGUUUAGGAAUCAGGAGGUGGGGGAGGGGGUUAGGGGGGGGUUGGAGGGGGGUUGGAGGGGGUAG